AAUGCACUUUCUGAAAUGACUCUCUUGAUAGGUCCGGUGGACACCUGACUGUGUGUGUUGACUGUGUCCUGUGUCCUGCAUGCGUUCUGGACUACCCACGGCAGCGUGAUUGGCUUAGUUUUUUUAUUUUCGAGCAACGGAGCGACUGUUGCUCUUUAGCAAUGGAGCCCAUAGAGGAAGAAGACUUCAUGGAUGAGGCUGCUCCCGCCAGACGACGCGGGAGGGGCGGGCCGACUGAUGUCACUUUCUCGGUCUUCGUGCAUCCGGCGCCCGCUGCAGGGGAAGUCGUUUGCUUAGCUGGCACCAUCGCCGAACUGACCGCUCCCCUUCCGAUGCAGCCGAAUCAAACGGGCGAUCGGAGACUAUGGCAUCUCACGGUGCAGAUCAAUGCAGCCAGCAUAGUGCCGCCGCCGGCGCAACAGGCGCCCGCCGCCAUGAUCGGCUUGAUGAUGGCCGGCUCAGUCCUUGGCAGCAGCCGGGGCACUGCAGCCGCGCCAACCUUUGAAUAUAGUUACACCGUGCAGAAUAGUGCCGGAGCGACCGUGCGUAGUGAAGAAGGCACUCGCAGCGGGGAGACAGGUGAGCUGAAGCAGCUCUACUACCACAAAGCGAACUUCGGUGGGCAUGAGAGUCUCCAAGAUGAAGGCUUCAAGCUCUUCAUCCAUGACGAGAUCUUUCAGCUCCAGUCCGGCCAGAUUUCCGCGAGGGACUUCCAUCGGCACAUGGUGGCCUUAGCAGCUUCGAACUUUAACAAGAAACGCUCCUUGUUAGACAAGGCCCUGGAGGAGCUCAUUGCCCACUGGGGCAUGGAUACUCCAGCGCCCGCACAGGUCGUUUUGGCGGCAGCUGCAGCCCUGGGGACCAUGAAAAGGCACACAUUGCCAGGUGUCACCAUGUAUGGUUUCGACACCUUCGACAAUGACUAUGCCUUCAGCUCCGCCAUGGGCAGCAAAGAGAAGGAGAAGGAGAAGGAGGAGCCUCCAUCUCUGACCGUGUGCAGAUGGAUCGUGAAGCACUGCCCUUCUCGAGCAGAUGUGGAGGAGGAGCAGCGCGGUGAGCGCGAGCGCGGCCGCGAGUCGCGGUCCAUGGCCACCACCGCGGGCGUUCGCUUGGCGGCGGAGACGCUCUAUAAGGAGGAACAGACCUUUGACUGGUUGAAGCUGUUGAACUUCUUGCCGGAGCAUUCGUUGCCACAGCCUGUGAACGCUUCCCAGUGUAGCAAAGAGGAGGCGAGACGGCUCACAGACUCCUUCCUGCGUUCCAUGGGCUACGUCUUUGAGGACUUUCAAAGGUCAAAGGACCAGUUCGAACUGAAUCCUCCAGGCGAUGCCAAGGAACGGCAGAAGGCCGAGCAGGAGAUGCAAGGCCGAAUGGAGCUCUUCCUGCGCGGGCUGUGCAGUUUUUGCCCCUCCGUGGAGUGCAUGAAGACGCUGGUGAUCGAGCUUAGGAGAGCCUGGGAGCCCCUCGUAGAGGUGAUGAUCCCAAUGAUCUUCAGUCGUUUUCGCAGCAUCCACUUUGGCAAGGAAGAUAAAAGCAGUUUGGUCGAGAUGAUCAAGGACAUCCCAUUCAUGCAUUGUGAUGAGACCGCCAUCGCACUGCUUCAGAAUCAGAACCACCCGAACGAAGCCUUUCGAGAGAAAGAGAUCGUGGAAUUCAUUCAGCGUGUGACCCAAAGCCCCGGGGGUGUCAGACCGGCCGGUCCACAGCUGCAGAACGCCGCCCGCCGCUGGCUGGUGCGCUACUAUGGCCGCCCAGUGGAUCGGCCCAUGGAGCGGAAGGAGGACAAGAUGGCCGUGAGUGAGAUGUCUCGUAGCGACUAUCAGGUGAUGAAGAAGGACAUUCGAGAAGCCAUGAGGAAUGCGAUCAGCGGCUGGCAACUCAUCUUGGAUCUCCCCUGUUUCAAGGCGGAGGAGGAGACGGUUCGAAACUUGCUCUUUGAGAUGUCGCAAUCCUACUUCUUCAAGGAUCAGGACCCCCUGUUAGUACUGGACUGCAUCCUGGAUCUGGAGAAGGAAGCGCAGAACAUGAAGGUCUGGCAACUAGAGGUGGAAAUCCAACGAAUCGCCAUCAAGAGCGUUCGUGAUGCUCAAGACGCCUCGGAGACGGAGCAUGAUGCUAACCUGCUGCAGCUGCUUUUCGACCAACCAACCAGGCUUCGAUACAUUAUCAUCGAAGCCUUUAUCUCGUUCCGCCAAGCGGCUGCAGAUCUUGCGCGGCUCCUGCAGAAUGAACCGAUUUGGGCACGGCUGCUGGACCGAAAGUGGCUGAAUGCCUCAGGCCUCAAUGAGUUCCAGCUCUACCACACGCAGCAGAGCGGCAUGCGCAUGCUGAAGGAUUCCGCAGCACAUUUGGACAAGGGUACCAUCAACUUGAGUGCCUUGCACACCAUCAUCCGACAUCGCAAGGUCUAUGAAUCGCUGGUGGCCCAGGUGGCCACGAAGCCCACGGCGAUUCCCGAUAGUCACCAGAAACUGAGCCAAUUCGACACCGAGUUUGAGCACUUGAGGGCCUAUGUGAAGAUGUUCUGCUCCAGUGCCUCCAUCGAGGCCGCCGAGCUGCAAAAGCUCAUCGACGGGAUUUUGGAGUCCUACAACGUCUUAGAGCUCAACAUUGCCGCGAGCAAGUUCACCGGCCUGCAGGUGAGGCCCCACUUGUCUUGGUUGAACUCGCUGAAGGGCAGCGAUGUCUUCUCGGGCAUUUGGAAGCAGACGGCGCGCCCGGAGGGCGACAGCUCGGAGCGGAUCAUCAACCAGGAGGAGGUGGUGACCGGCAUCAUCCCACAAGCGAAGAAGACCUGGGAGGAUCUUUCCAAGAGCAUUGAGACAGGGCAGGCCAUCCUGAAGGAUAUCCGCUGGGUGGUGGAGUUCCAAUGGAACAAGGUGAAUUUGGAGCUCAAGCUUUUGGAAUCCACGGCGCCCAAGACCAAGCCUUGGGUGGCAGAGGCUGUUGAGCUGUGCCGCUCGAUGCGCCUGGCGGCAAAGCUCCGCGAAUGGGCCCCAAGUAUGCUUCACCUCCGGAACCAUAGCUUGUCCGAACUCUUCAAAGAGACUCCCAAGGAUGAAUGUGUGGAGAAGCUGAACCAAGUGGUCUGCGAGUAUGAGCACAUGUGGACCAAGACCCUGGGCGAGAUGACCGCAAGUGUGAAUCCCUACCGGGAGACCAUCAACACGCUCUCAGAGGCGAUGCAGGACUACACCAUCACGGCCGCCAAGCAUGACAAAUCCUUGGAGUGGCUCUUGCAGCACAGCUCCACCGAGGACUUCAAUCGCCUCAUCUCCCUCUGCACGCCCAAUACAGAUGAUCCCAUUAUUCUGGCAGCGAUCGCUUCUCUGAAGCAGAUGCGAACUUUCCUGGCAGAGGUGCUGUUCACCAAGCCUCCCUACGCCGGGCUCAAGAAGUUCAUUGAGGAACUCUCGCGCCUCCACGUGGAUGCGGCGGAGCAGCAAUGCUUGGAAUCGGUGCAGACCAGCUUCGAUCCCAUGUUGGACCUCCUGACAACGCACUCUCGAACGCCUGGUGUCCAGGCGUGCUACGACCUGAAGAAGAUCUCCCUGUCGGGCACCUUCCACGUGACCUGCGCGCUCACCGAGACGGCCCAGCUGAAAUGCCGCAUGCCGCCGGAUAGCGAAUUUGACUAUGAGGCGUUGGCCGAGUUGCGACGGCAGCUUCUCAUGACGGAUGUGCCUUACGAGUUGGACGGAGCGAAAGAUUUGCCAAAGAUGCUGGAUGUCUUGGUCGCGAAGCUUCAACUCCUGGAGGACUUUGGCCGCUGCACCAUGGAGCUCUUCCGACUAGGUCACUUUGCCUAUCGCCUCAACGACGAGGUGCUCGUGGUUCCACCCGAGGACACGGUGGAAUCCGUGGCGAAGCGCUUGGAGGCACAACAGCAGCAAUUGGAAGACUGGCAACAGGCGGUGAGCGAUGCCCGGAGCAAGCAUUACUUCCUGAACUACUACACGGUGCGCGAGCUCUGCUUCCUGACCGAUCUCCUUCCCAACGUGGACAACGACGAGGAGUGGGGUAAAGUCUGGCCGCUGCUACAAUGCGUGGACCUCUCUGCCGAUGAGAACCGCACCAGGAAGAACAUCCUCUCCCAGCUGAAAGGCGAUUUGGCUCUCCUGCGCACCUCCAGUGGAGAGCCCGACCGCGAGGUGAAGCUCUUGAACGACGUGGGGACCUUGUUGGGAGAUCUCUUUGAGAAUUCGACGCCUCAGGUGCGACCACUGGAGGGGCUGAUGGAAGUGAAGCAACAGCUGCAGGGCGACUUGUUGAUCCGUUCGAUGCAGAACAAGGAGCAGGGCAUCCCGAUCUUCGUGUGCUGUGCAGACGAAGCUUGCAAGGUGACCGAGCUGGUCUUGUCCAUCUACACGCGUCGUGAGCGGGUUCCGGAGGCGGAGGAGCUUCUCCUCUGCUCCAGCCACACCACCUUGGAGGAGAUCGAGCUGCUUCUACGCCGCUUCUUCCAUGCGAGGAAGCAUCAGCGAGAAGACCGGCUCUACUGUGUUGGCAACGUGCACUUGCUGCCCUACGUGACCCAAUGUGGCACUGUGGAGGCCCUGAGGAAGAUGGAGGAGCAAUUCGGCUUCGAGCACGCCAGUGCCCUGGUCUUCGCGAGCGGCAUGCCCAACCAGAUGCUGACCAACGCGCUCAAUAGGCACAAUCUGGCAGUGAGCAUUCUGCAGCAAGACCUCCUCAAAAACGCUGUGGCCAUGGUGGGUCAGAAGUAUCAUGGCCGACAGAUGGAGGCGGUGGCUGCGCAGAUGAACGGUGUGGGGAAGACGCAUUACAUCAAGCGGGAGAUCCAUCGGCUCCAGGCAGAUCACAAUGGCAAGCCCUUGCUGCACCACGUGGAGAUCCGGGAGACCACGGACAUCUCGGCCCUGGUGUCCAAUUUGCUGAGCGAUCCGACAGAUACCGCGUAUCCCACGGCCGUGCACAUCGACCUGGCACAUAUCCUGCCAUCGCAUGUGGACACCCUGCUGUUCGAACUGCUGAUCGUGGGAAUGCUUCGUGAUACGCACCUUUGCAAAGUCUACCACCGAAGGGCCAAGAAAGAUUUCUUCUUCAUCGAGAUUCCCAACACUCCAGGGGAGAGCACCGCCAAGCAGCUCUCCUUCUGCCUGAUUUUGCCACGACAGUUCUUGACCAUGAGCGCCGACCGGCUGGACGAAGAGAUGCCCGUGAUCAAGGAGGUGGAUGGUGCGCCAUUGAUUUCCUUCGUGAAGAACGAUCUCUUGGAACUGGUUGGAAAGACCUUGGAAGCCAUGAGGAAGGAAGCCUUCAACCCAAAGUCCAGGCACUUCGAUGUGCAGUGGACCGGGGCCAAGGCAAAGCCCAUUGAUCUCAUCCGAACCUACGAGCUCUUGGAAGAGGUGUGUAGCUCCGAGACCUCGCCGCCCUCGUUCCUAGUCUUCAUGAACUUGGUGAAGUUCUUGGGCCAUCUCAUCAAGAGUGCCGAGGAGUGGAAUAUGAUGAACCUGGCACUGCUGCAAAACUUUGAUCCAGGUCUGAAGCAUUUCAAGCACUGCUUCUUCCGCUUGCUCAUCGAAACUUCCCGAGACUUUGCCCUGCGACAAGUCCCCAAGGCCAUGGACAUGACGACGCCCUCGAUCCUGGCGCCGCCGCCCAUGGCGCCGGGCCUGGGGCGCGGCACCAGCCGAGGCUCCGAUCCGACGAUGCCUCCGGAGCUCCUGCGGAACCUGAGCGGCAUGAGCGGCGGGGCGCCCUCCUUGACCCGCAAGACCAGUGGCCAGAACAAGCAUCCUGGCCUGGUCCGGGCCAGCAGCCGGGCGCAGCAGGAACUUGCUGCACAGAAUGAGGCCGAUGCUAAAAUGGAGAAGGAAGGCGUUGGCAGGAUCGAUGCCUCGGCGUACGUGGCACGCUUCGAUCAGAUGCCCAGCUGGGAGAGCUGUAUCCAUCCCGUGGCCAACUUCAAGAAGAACGACCGAGGAGCCAUCAUCGGAUGCAACAUCAUGAGCUUGCAGCGAGACUUCAUCGGAAACUUCAUCGACAGGAACCUGCAGAAUUCGCUGAACUUGAACGAUUUGAAGUUGGACAGGGACUGGUCCAAAGUGACUCACCAAGAUGCUGUGCAGCUGGUGCAUCAGAUUGAAGGUGGAGCACUCUUGCAGAAGAAGGACUACUUGCAAGGUCCCAAAGAAUAUGUGGUCACCGUCGACAACCUCAUCAAACUGAUGAGCAUUCAACAGCGCUUGAAGUAUGGCCUGCCAGUGAUCCUCAUGGGUGAGACGGGCUGUGGUAAGACAGCCUUGGUGAAGUUCCUGGCGGAGACCUUGGAUUUCAAGCUGUGCACGUUGGACAUCCACGGUGGCAUUACGGACGCCAGUAUCAUUGCCUUCUUGGAAGACGCCAUCCAACAAGCGGACCACGAACGUGGAGUCUUGGUCUUCUUCGAUGAGAUCAACGCGGCGAACUGCAUGGCACUCUUUAAGACGAUCAUCAUCGACCGGAUGUACGGCAACAAAUAUAUCCCUGAGAACGUUCGCAUCAUCUCAUGCUGCAACCCCUACCGCAAGCGUCGUAACAAGGAGUUGGAAGACGUGGCCCUGGUCUACAAUGCCGCAGCAGGUGAUGCUGCCACCGGCAUCUCAGAUCCCAUGAAGGAGUUGGUCUACCGGGUCCAUCCGCUCCCCGAGAGUCUCAUCGACGUGGUCUCGGACUUUGGCUCCCUCUCCGAAGCCUCCGAGGAGAUCUACAUCAAGGCCAUCUUGAAGAAGGAGCUCCCGCGCAAGGAUGGGGCACCCGCCGAGCAGGCGCCGCAGGCUGCGCCAGCGGAGUCUUCGGAUGAAUACGAGGUGUUCAUCAACGCCUUCUGCGAGCUGCUCUGCCAGUCCCAGAACUAUGUGCGUGAGGUGAACGAAGGCGAGCGCAGCGUGGUCUCCAUGCGCGACAUCGGCCGGGCGGCGCGUGUCUUCAAGUGGUUCUUGACCUCCUACAGUCGACUGCACGGUGAGAGUGCUUCUGCAGCGGUGCGCGACGACAAGGACGGCACGUUGAAGAUCGACGUCUGCAUCAAGCUGCGGGAGCAUCUCAGGAGAGCUUUGGUCCUGACCAUGGGCUAUUGCUAUCACUCCAGACUGAACCGCAACCAGCGCUGGGGCUACCGCAAGAGGCUGUGUGAGACCUGGGAACGUUUGAGGAGCAAGGACGAUGAUGCGAUGGUGUGGCUGCAAUUGGCGGAUGCCAAUGAGCUCAACAAGAUGCUCAUCGACACCUCCUACGAAUUCGUGUCGCAGAUGGACCUGGGCGAAGGCAUUGCCUUGAAUGAAGCUUUGCGCGAGAACCUCUUCAUGUUACUGGUGAGUGUCAUGAACCAGAUCCCCAUCUUGCUGAUUGGAAAGCCCGGAUGCUCCAAAAGUCUGGCGAUGGGCGUCUUGCAGAACAAUCUCAACGGAGAGGUGUCCAGCCGAGACUUCUUCAAAUCGAUGCCCGCCGUGGACGUCUUCGCCUACCAGUGCUCGCCGCUGUCGACGCCGGAUGCCAUUUUGAAUGCCUUCCACUCGGCUCGGCAGUCCAAUCUCGGCCACAAGAGCACCAUCGUCUGCGUGCUGUUGGAUGAGGUGGGCUUGGCGGAGGAAUCGCCUCAUUUACCUUUGAAGGUACUUCACAAAGAGCUUGAGGACCUUCGUGGUAUUGCGUGCGUGGGCAUCUCCAACUGGGCGUUGGAUGCGGCGAAGAUGAGCCGCUGCGUGACGCUGUACCGGCCGCCGCCCACGGUGGAGGACUUGAGUGUCACUGCGGAGGGUAUGGUGCAAUCGGCCAAUCUCAAAGCUUAUUUGCGAGCCCUUUCCGAAGCCUUUGCGGAGAUCUACAAGCGACAGAAGCGUGCUGACUUCUGGGGUAUGCGUGAGUUCUACAGCACGGUGCGGGUGAUCAACGCGGAGCUCAAGAUCCGCGCGGCCGAAGGCCUCGAAGCGGUGCUGGAGCCGAAGGUUUUGAUGAAGACGGUCCAACGAAAUUUCGGCGGUCAACCAGAAGAUGAGCUGGAGGCCUGCAUCGAAGAGUUCUUCGAACGCACCGGAAUGGACUUCAUGGACGUCACACGUCUCACCACUCCUGAGCUGAUCCAGCAGAACCUAGGGGAGCCGGAUGCCAGGCACCUCAUGUUGUUGACCAAGAACAACGCGGCCCUGCGGCUGCUCUUCGAGGGUGGUUUGUUGGACCACAGCCGUGCAGAGGUCAUGUUUGGAAGCACCUUCCCCAAUGACCUCAGCGACAUGUUCGUGGCCAUGAACCUCCAGCGUAUCAAGAGCUUCAUGCAACAGCCAAUCUCCCUGGUGAUGGUGCACUGCGAUUCUCUCUACGAAUCUUUGUACGACCUGCUGAACCAGCACUACAUGGAGUAUGCGGGCCAGCGAUAUGUGCGUAUUGCGCAUGGUUCCAAAGCCAAACAGUGCCCCAUCCACAAGCUCUUCCGCGUGAUCGUGGUCACUGAACUGAGCGAUGCCUAUUUCCGCCUGGCGCCCCCCCUGUUGAACCGCUUCGAGAAGCAAAUCUUCCUGCGCAAGGACUUGAUGACGAAAUCGGACGAAGCGCUGCUGGCCAGAGUGGGGAAGUUCUGGCAGACCCUCAACGAGCUCAUGAAUGCCGGCAAGAGCGUGAAGGACGACGACGCCCUGGAGGAGGCGACGCAGCGGCCCGGCACGAUGCUCAACACCGCGUCGCACCGGCCCAUCGCAGGCUAUCACCCCGAGUUGUUGAGCUCUUUGGUCUUCACCUUGCGCAAGAGCCACACGACCAAAUCCUUGGAUGAGUUGGUGGAGAUCGCCAAGCGCGCCGUGACCUGGGUCCUCACUCCGGAAGCGGUGUGCAUCACAGCAGCCACCCUGCAGCCCAAGGAGAUGCAGAUGAAAUUUGGCUUUGACAUCGUGAGCGAAUACUUCGAACAACAGAGGCACUCGGAUCUGCCAUCCUUUGCGGAGAUGACCGUGCAGAACAAGGAGUUCUGGUGCGACGAGUAUGGUGGCCAGACCAUGGUCAUGACCUACAGCCCUAUCCGUGGCAAGGUGGGCGCUGAGUUGGGCAAGGUUGAAGGCCUGGUGGCACGGGCAGAGGUCUCCUUGCAUGAGCUCUCCUCCUCCACCGACAUCGAAAAGGCCGUGCACGACUUUUACAACUUGACCGAUGCCUCGGGCGCGAAGAACUUCUUGAUCAUCCACGCGGACCCGGUCGCGGCCUCGGUUCGGAUGAUCGAGCACUGCCGCUUCGUGUGCGAGAAGGCACGCAACAGCUUCUGCCAAAAGGGCAAAGGCGUGGAGGGCAGCAUGUUUGUGGUCCUGGUGGUUCACCUUCAACGAGGCUACGACGGGAAGUUCUCCUUCGACUUCGAUUCCCAGUGGUCGGCGGUCUUCUUGGAUUCCGUGGAGCCGUCCGCCGACUUGAGCUCCAUGCCGUCGUUGGGAGCCAUGUUGAACAUGCCCCUCAUCGAUGUGGUGGAAGGUUUGGAGUUCCCCAAGUUGCUACGCAGCUGCUUCCGAUCCUCGCUGUCACGGCUCAUGUAUCCACACUCCCGUCGGCCUGGGGAUUUGCAGAAGCAGAUCCAGCUGAUGUUGAAAUACAUCGAAGAUGUGGACUUUGUCAAGAUGGUGCGAGAUUGGGUGCUGCAUAUCUUGCGGAACACGCCCAAGAACCUGGCAAACCCGUCGGAGGGCUCCGUUGGUGAUGACAGGCACUGGUUCGCUGCGAUCGCCUCUGCCGCGCAGGAGCUUGCCUUGGCGGGCACCUUCCGAGCGGCCUUGCACGGCCGCGUGGUGGUCUUGGUGGGGUCGCUCCUGUCAGCGCUGCUGGCACAUCUGGAACGCAACUCUGGAUUGGAACUCUUGGACAUUCCCAGCAAGCGGGAUCAUUGGCUGAAGCUUUCGACUGCCUCUUUGCUGUCACCCUUGAGCGUCCGCUUGCAGAACGAGGCGGUGAGUGCGCUCUCGGAGUCGGCGACGGCGCAGCACGAGGUGGGCACCGAUGCCUACACCACCGCCCGACCAUUCCAGGGACGCUUCCCAGCGAGUUGGUUCAUCUCAAAGGUGGUGGACGGCUAUCGUCACGUCAUCGAGCAGAACGAAGCCACUGAACAGCUGGCGGCACUGCAAUCCCAAUAUCAGCUGAGUAAGCUGGCAGAAAUUGGCAUCCAGCCAGAGAUGGAGCCGCCCAUGCUGGAGGAUUACAUGGCGGAUUUCACGGCGAUGCAUUUGGAUUGGACGGAGCGCAUAGGUCGAGGUGAUCAGCUACGGAUCUUGAAGAAGACCUUGACCCGGCUGCGGCAGAAACCGUUGACCUCGAUCCUGGAGGUGCACCAGCUCUUCUGGCGCCUGGAAAAGGAGUUGGCCUUCUCCGUGGGUCUGCUGAACGCGGUGCCUGCAGCUGUUCCAGAAGCUGAGCAUUUGAUUGAGACCGCCGAGUUGAACUCCUUGUACUACGACUUGUUGCUGCUGGUGCACGAGACCUUGGCCAAGGAGCUCUCAGAGCUCUCCGCUUUGCCCAGCGAGAAGAGCCAAAACCUCUAUCGCGAGUGGCUCAUGCGCAAGCUGGUGGUCGCGGGUCUCACCAAGGAUAAGCUGCUGGGUGGCCAUCAAGGUGUGGCUCCUGAGAAGAUUGCGAAGCUGAAGUCCAAUACCGAGCCACGAAUUGAAACUUUGGCCUUGGUCCUUCAGCAUGUGGCUUACCCGUUGGAGCUGCCUUGUGAGGUUGUGAGGGACUUCGCCAAGGAAUUGCCCAAGGAGAAGAUCCGUUACUCUGGAACCUUGUUGGCCAUGCUCAACUUUGGACAGGUCGUAGUGAACCACUUGCCAUCCAAGAAGGACACGUGUUUGCAACAGCUGAGCUCCUUCAUCGAGAGCUGGUUCCUGGACGUUUGCCUCCUCAACGCAGAGGCGAUGAACGACCUGGAAUCCGCAAGCCUUCGACUGGUCUGCAGUGUUGCAGCAGGCUUGCCAACGCUUCGAGCCUUAUCGGUGUCUGGCAUCGCCACCGGGAGCCUUGAGGGGUGGUGUGAGAACAUGGACUCAGGCAUCGCGCAGUUGUCGGAAGGGCUCUAUGUGCCGCGCUCCAGCUGCCUCAACUUGGCACUGCUGCGGAAGCUCAUCGUCUCCUCCAGCGGCGAAGCCAAGGCGAGUGCGACUAAGCACAUCGAGGAUUUGCUGAAAGUGGUGGCUGGUCAUGAGAAGCACAACGACACGCUCUUCGCCACGCGCUAUGCCAUUCUCCAGGAGGAAGACAAAGAAGCUGACCAUGGGAAGUGUAUCUAUGAGGAGCCCGAGGAGUGGCCAGAUCUGAAGCUGGAAGAUAUCUUCGGGGACGAUGUGAAGAAAGACACGGCCAAGAUGCUGCAGCUCGUGGGGAAGUGCCGUUGCAUCCUCUCGAUGUAUGCUCAGCUUCUGGUGCAAGAUCCCGUGGACACCGAUCUGCACGCGCGAGCCGAGCCCAAGGUGGAUGGCUUGCUACAGACGGAUAAGCUGGAGUUCCGCUCCGUCUGCCGAUCCAUGCGCCUUUACUUGCUGAAGUGCAUGGAACGCGCGCGCGGGCUUUCCUUCGUGCGUUCGCUGCUGGCGGAGCCGCCGCUGUCGGACACCGCCUGGGUGCAGAAGUGGCGGGAUUUGCACGAUAUCGACUUCGAGAAGUUCAUCGGCGCAGCGCUGGUGCCGAAGUGGAAUCCCUUCCUUGGGGACUCCCAGGACUUGGCGGAGUACAACGAUGCCAUGAAGGCUGUGGUGGAGCUCAUGACAACCACCUCCACCGCCAAGCUUGAGAAGUACGCGCAGGACCUCGCGCACCUGCCCGAGGAGAAACGCCGCCGCGGCAUCGGAGGCCUCCUGCUGGCUGUUUGCCAAGAGCCAGGUUUGCUGGCCGCGCUGGAGGAGCCGCAUCAUAGGCCUCCCUGGCGGCCUAAGCUCUCGGAGUGGCUGAAGAGCAGCCAAGACCUCAAGGUCUCCGACAAGGAGCGCAUGUUGCUACGCAUCUUCUCGGGCGACGAUGAGCCCAUCAAUGAGCUACCAGAGACAGAGCAGACGUUCUUGAAGACCUUCGUGACCUACGGCGGCCGCAAGAUGGACGACUUGUUGAGGUGGCGCGUGCUGGCGCAUUUAGCUGCGGUGCUGAUUGCAGCGCCUGAGACCUCAUUGCUUCACAGCCUCCGGAUCAUGAUGCUGGAGCCUGAGAAGCUGACCAAGGAUCACCCGCCCUUCUUGCCGGCGAUGGAUGAAGAUAUCAGGAGCAGAGUGCUGAAGGCGCUGGUGGAGAGAGGUGAGAACAUUUGGAAGUUCAAGAGCCAUUGGUGGAAAUGCUCCUGUGGCUUCACCUUCUUCAUCGGUGAGUGCGGCCGUCCCAUGGAAGUGGCCAAAUGCCCUGGAUGCAGCCUCAAGAUCGGCGGAAGGGACCACAACCAGACGGAGCACACCUUUCAGGAUGACGAGAGCGAUCGUUCCCCUUGGGGCUAUGUGCUACCCAUCGCUGAGAAGGACGAGAAGCACGUCUCCUUCCGAGAGGUGCAGAGCAGCUCGGCGCGCGCCAUCCGCUUGAUGCUCCAUGGCACCAUGUACUUGGGCAUCAUUGCUGCUGCGAAGCCGAAGAUGCCGCGACCUUACACCUCUCUGCAGAACGAGUCCAUGUGCACUCUGAAGGAUUUGCCCGAGUCGGAAUAUAUCGGCAACCACUUCCACAACGACUGGAAGUCCAUGGUGGAAAUCCUCAGCAGCAACACGGAGGAUCUGGCGGUUGGACUCCACAACCUGUUCCUGAAAAUGAGCGAAGAUGGAAAAGAUGAACCCUUGAAACCGACGGAAAUGGGAUCGAAAGCCAGCUGGGGCGUUUUGACCCUGCUGCAACGAAAUUCCUGGGAAGAGACCAUCGAAUCCAAAUACCUGAAAGGCUUGAUCAAGAACCUCGACGAAUCCCUCCAGGACCUCUACAAGAAGUGGGGUGGCGAUCAAGAGGACGGGAAGUUCGUGGCCGAGCUCAAAGAAGCCGCCGACGUGAAGGACUUCCCACCACAGAAGAGAGAACAAGAGAUGCCACAGCUUUGGGCCUAUCGUUCUCCAGUGACCCUAGACGCAUUGCACAACAAGAUUGGCAUCGCGCACAACGCCAAGGAGAACUUCCCGGUGCUGUGUACCAUCCUCCAGAAUCCGCUCAUCAACAUUCUGCCCGCCUUGGGCACUCUGGUGGGCGUCUUCGAGUGGCAAGCGCUGUGCAUCAACCAGUUCAGCGGCCGCAUCACCAAGGCCGCGGCCGGGGAAAUGACGGUGGGCGAAGUGCUCGAGCAGGUGCCGCGGAAUGAGACGGAGAAGCGGCAGUGGCGUCAGGCCUUCAAAAACUUCGAGAGGGCCUGGCGCCUGGCCAUGCCCUACUGUGAGUAUGAGUGCUUACAGAUCUCCGAGAACAUGCGGAAGUACCAACUCUCAGAAGACGAUAUGAUGCUGAUGUGCAUUCCAGACUUCAAGGAUGAUGGCAUGUAUGCAUUAGCUGUGAUGGAUUGGCUGGUGGCGCAACACAACGAACUGGUGCAGAUCGUGGCAGGAACCUUAGGCUACCCCGCACGGAAGGUGUCGUCCCGACUGCUGGCGCAGCACGAUGUCAUCAAAUACAACAAGAAGGAGCUGAUGAAAUUCCUCAGCAACCGCUGCGCCACAUGGGGUGUGGGCGGGAAGCUGAACUUGGACCUGAAGCAGGUUGAGCAGCACCUUCGAAGAGAGCUGAACAGGCCUGAAGUCACCAUCGAGAUGCGUGGCUUCCAAUGGCUGGGCGACUCCUUUGCGGCCGGCAACGAGCUGCGCACGGUCAUCAACCAGCGGGAGCUGCUGCCCGAUACAAUCGACCGAUUGAAGGUGGAGAUUCCAUCUCCUGCUCUGGCAAAUGCCUGCUUGCAGAAGGUGCAAAUGUCCAUCUCCUUCAUCUUGAAGUCUGGUAGCAGCUUAGGUACUGAGAAGUCAGGCGAGAUGCUACUGAGCGACUACAUGCGUUCGGUCCUGGCAGAAAGCCCUGAGACCUUCAUGUCCGCGGCGGCACGCAGCGACGUGCAUUUGUGGCACGUGGACGCCCUGGUGAAGGUGCUGAAGCAAAUCGUCAACAAGGACCCAGUGGAUAGCAUGGAUCCAAAGUAUAAAGAGGAUCUUCCUGCGGACCUGAAGCAGCAAGUCAUAGAAGUGAAGGAUAAGUUGCCAGACCAACUGGUCGAUGUGCUGGGCACCUUCGGCGAGACGCGGCUCACCGAGACCUACAUCGGCGUCGACUACGAGAUCUUGACGAUCCUGCAAUCGGUCAGAGAAACCCUAGAGAUCAACGAUGAGAUCUUCGAGGAGAUCGAAAAGCACCUCCCUCGAGAUCUGCUGAUGAAGCAUUGGGCUGCCGUCUAUAAGCUUCUGCGCGACUGAGCGGUGGAGAAUGACCUGAUCUCGCGACUGAGCGGUGGACGUUGCAGUUGUCUUCCUCGAAGUCACCCGGAGACUCCGA